AUGGCGUGGAGAUCGCGACUAAAAGCUCUCGUCGCUCCAACGCUAGCUGCUGGCUCCGUUUUGACCCUCAGAGAGCAGUCCAGUUCCGAAGGUACCCCUUUCACCAUUCCAAAGCAAGAAGUCCAAGCGAAGUCGAGGCGAGACAGAGAUGAAGGUCGACAAAAAGUGAAUUCAAAGCGUCGCCGUUUCGAGAAUUUCGCCACGGUCCAAGUCAACGGGGAGCUUUUCAUGACUCCUGCCGAUUUCCUCGAGUCGGUAACAGAAGACAAUCCUCGAAAAUCCUCGUACAAGAUUUCGUACUCAGUCGCGGAGAUCGAAGCAAACCUGAAGCAGCACACCCCUGCUCGCAAUAAAAUCCAAAAAGGAGCGACCGACUUUUUCAGAAAGCUCGGAAAGAAUGGAAUCAUUUCCUACAACGAGUAUUUGUUCCUUCUUUGCAUUAUUACGAAACCGAAGCAAGGCUUCGAAGUGGCGUUUAAAAUGUUUGACACAGAUGGCAAUCAGCUGAUUGAUUCCGACGAGUUCAAAGUCCUCGAAGACAUAUUCAGACAGUCGGCAGAAAACGCGACUAACCAGAGAUGGGAUAGUAGAGCGUAUUACGAAGAGGAAACGAUCAAAAACGAUUUCGAAGGGACAACUCUUCGGUAUCUUUUCUUCGGCCAGGAUGGAAAGAAACAGAUCAACCACGACUUAUUCUACGCUUUCAUGCACAACCUUCAGGCGGAAGUAUUGGAGCUAGAAUUCAACGCUUUUGCUCGUGGAAAAUGGGACAUUACCGAGCUCGAAUUCGCAGAAAUGCUCCUUCGCUACACGGAUCAGUGGGACAUGGACCAGCAGCUCGAGCGCAUUCAAGGCAGACUCAGCAACCAGGAAGGCAUCAGCAUGGAAGAGUUCAAAUCUUUUUUCUUCUUUUUGAACAAUUUGGAAGAUUUCGCCACAGCGGUUCAUUACUACGCGCUCGCUAACCAACCCAUAGGCCCUGAGGAAUUCCACAGAGCAGUCAAGAUCUCCACAGGCGAAGAUCUGAGCGAAAAUCUCGUCAAUGUCGUUUACGCUAUUUUUGAUAAAGAUGGCGACCGAAAGCUUUCGCAUAAGGAAUUUAUCGGUGUCAUGUCCGAUCGACUCAGUCGACAGAACAAGUUCCGCCGAGCAAACACACUCAGAAGUAGCUUCGACAUCUUCAAGCGAUGUUAUUUCCAGACCCUCGCCGAAAAUGGCGACAUUGACCAAGACACGGCCGCCCAACGAAUCUUAUUCAAAACCCGCCAGGCAUUUGUACCAGACGACUUCGAAAUAUUUCUAAAAGAAAAACUCGCCAAAAAAGACGCCUCACUCGCGGAAAACCAAAAACAAAAUUAA